UUUUGUGUGUAACUUGACAAAACUGAGAGGAGGUGACUGUGCACAACCUUGGCUUUAAAGAGGAUGAAUGGAUGAAAAGAAGAACCAUCAGCGAUCGUCUGUUUGAUCUGUGACGUGUGACCUCAGGAUCGUACCACCUGAGCCAGAGGCAUUAUGGGAAGUUCCACGUCCUCCCUUGUUGAUGAGGGUGAAGAUGAUGCUGCACCGCGGGGUGCAGCCCCACCCCACUCGCCGGUCAUAGGAUGUCUGCGGAGCAGUCACAGCACCAUUAUCUCUCAGCAGCUUCCCCGACCCGGCAGACACAGAGAGCGCAGUUUCUCUUCAGGUUCGAUGCCCAGGCACAGGACUCAAUGGGCAUGUGUCUGCUGUACCUUCCUCAAUGCAGCUGGUGCUGCCCGCUGCUCCAUCUGCGAAGCUCCUCGGCAGAGAUCAGAUACCCGCUGGAUGUGGCCUGGGAAGAACCAGUGGUCCUGCCCACGCUGUACGCUAGCCAACUCCCCCGGCAAACUGGCCUGCUCCCUUUGUGGCUACACUGGCGCUUUAGACCAACAUGGAGAAUCUGAAGACCAUCAUCGACCUCAAAGGUCCAGCAGCUGCUCUGGACCCCUGAAGUUCUCCCACAUGCUGCCGAUUGGACGAGGAAGCAAUGGUGAAAGUCUGGCUUGGGUUUGUUUGAGGUGCACGCUGCAGAACACACCGAUGUCCAUGUCCUGCUCUGCUUGUGGAGGCCCACGCAAACUGUCUCUCCCCCAAAUCCCAGCAGAGUCUUUGCUCAUUCCAGAUGUUUGUGAUCAAACAGGAGCACCACCACGAGAACCUGCGGUGGCGCUAUCACUUUCCAUAUCCACCCGAGGAGAAAGUUUAGCAGUGGAAGCUUCGUCUGUGGACACGACCUCCUCUGUGCUGCUCAGUGCUUUGUCUUCAAGGCAGAACAAUCCAGUUUCCUGCAGUCGCAGAGAGGUGCCUCCACCAAAUAUGUCCCCGAGCCAAGCACAUAACUCAAGUCCUCCAGCUGUUCUAAGUUCACAUCUUUCUGCCCAACAAGAGCUGCUGUCCAGCAGGCGGCUCAGCAUCCUGAACGAAGAAUUAUCACCGCUAUCACCUGCAUCUGAUGCAUCCUCCUCAUUUCCACCCUGUGCAGUUGCCACCAGCUGUAUCCAGGAUUGGCCAUGUCCAGCAUGUACUCUGCUCAAUAAGGUCAGUGCCAAACACUGCCUGGCCUGCCACACUCCACAGAUUGCACACUUUAAACCAGCUGCAUCUUUGAAGAAGAAGGAGAGUGUACUGGUGGAAGCACUACGGCAGAACGAUGAAGGAGAGGCCAAAGAGCUGUGGAAGAAUAUCACCAGUGUCUGUCGACAGAAUUCAUUGAUGUUUGUGGAUGACAGCUUCCCUCCUGGUCCAGAGUCGGUGGGCUUCCCAGCAGACGACAGCAUCCAGCAGCGGGUCAAAAUGUGGCUUCGACCUCAAGAAAUCGUCUCUUGUAACUUCAGAGACCGAGGUGUCAAGUGGUCAGUUUUCCGCACUCUUCGCCCGUCUGACAUCCUGCAGGGACUUCUGGGUAACUGCUGGUUCCUGAGCGCUUUGGCUGUUCUGGCUGAACGACCCGAGCUGGUGGAGAAAGUGAUGCUGACCCGCUCGCUGUGCCCGGAAGGAGCCUAUCAGGUGCGUCUGUGUAAAGACGGCUCCUGGACUGCGGUGCUGGUGGACGACAUGCUACCUUGUGAUGAAAAUGGACACCUCCUCUUUUCUCAGGCUCAGCGGAAGCAGCUUUGGGUGGCACUGAUUGAAAAAGCUUUAGCCAAGCUCCAUGGUUCCUACUAUGCUCUGCAGGCUGGUCGUGCCAUCGAGGGUCUCUGUACGCUGACUGGGGCUCCCUGUGAGUCGCUGGCCCUCCAGGUCAGCGCCACCAACCCCAAAGAAGAACCCAUCGACACUGACCUCAUCUGGGCCAGGAUGCUGAGUUCCAAAGAAGCGGGUUUCUUGAUGGGGGCAUCUUGCGGUGGUGGAAACAUGAAGGUGGAUGACAUGGAAUAUGAGUCUGUAGGUUUACGGCCGCGACACGCCUACUCUGUCCUCGAUGUUCGUGACGUCGAGAGUCACAGGUUGUUGCAGCUGAGGAACCCAUGGGGUCGGUUCUCCUGGACAGGGCCCUGGUCAGACAACUGGCCAAAUUGGCCUCCACACCUGAAGAGGGAGCUGUGCACCCAGCGUGCUGAGGAUGGGCUGUUCUGGAUGGACUUCUGUGAUUUCACAAGGUUCUUUGACUCAGUGGACAUCUGUAAGAUUCACUCAGACUGGCAGGAGGUUAGGAUUGCCGGAGUUUUUCCCAGAGGAGCCGACGUUCCGGUCACAGUGGUGUCGGUCACAGUGCUGGAGAGAACGGCGGUGGAACUCGCCGUAUUCCAGCAGGGCAGCAGGCGAUGGGAGACGGUGGAAAGCCACCUGUUGGACUUGUGUGUGUUGGUGUUUCGGGUUGCAUUUGACGGUGUGGGGACUCUGACUUUGGGUCGUCUGCUGGCACACAGCAGGCGCUCGGUGAGGAGGUUUGUGGGCUGUGAUGUCAUGCUGGAACCAGGGGAAUAUGCUGUGCUCUGCUGUGCUUUUAACCACUGGAGUAAUGCUGGCAUGAAAGUGAGCUGUGUCAGAUCAGAGCCACCUGGCUACAUCCUAGCUAUCUACAGUUCCAGGCUGGUGCUGGUGGAACAAGUACCGGCCUCAAAAACAACCAUAGCAGAUGCCAUCAUCCAGCUGACCGAAACCAAAGGCGAGAGACAUGAGGGUCGAGAGGGGAUGACAUGUUACUACCUGACCCAUGGGUGGGCGGGCCUCAUUGUUAUGGUGGAGAAUCGCCACCCCAAGCACCAUCUCCAUGUGUCAUGUGACUGCAGCAACAGCUUCAAUGUGGUGUCAACGCGCAGCAGUCUGAAAACCAUCGACAGCAUCCCCCCUCUGCACAGACAGGUGCUGGUGGUUCUGUCCCAGUUGGAAGGUAACACAGGAUUCUCCAUUACACAUAGACUUACCCACCGCAAAGCUGUCCAGGCUUCUCUUGGAAACUGGAGUCCCUCAAAGACCACACACAGUCCAGCUCUCAGCCCAGGGACAGCCGGUCUACAUCAGCCUCGGCCUCUAUAGACCUGCAGCAGUCUGGAAUCUUAUAUCAAUCUUACGUACUCAACCCCUGUAGAUCUACAAUAGCCUAGAUCCC